AUGAAUUCGCUUGGUCGCUCAUCAGUCUUACCUCUGCGUUCUCUUUCUCGCUCUAUUCGCAGUUUUUCCACAUCUCCCUCAUUCUCCAUUCAGAAAAUCACCAUUUAUGGCGCGGGACUUAUGGGUGCGGGUAUAACUCAAGUGGCGGCUCAGAAUGGCCUCAAUGUGACCAUGGUCGACGUAUCCGAUGAAGCAGUACAAAAGGGUAAAAAGAUUAUAGACGCUUCACUAACUCGCGUGGCCAAGCGCAUUCACAAAGACGAUGAGAAAAAACGCACCGAAUUUGUCGAAAAUGCAUGGAAGAACAUCUCAACGUCUACCGAUUCUUCCGCUGCGGCUGUGGAUGCAGAUUUACUUGUCGAAGCCAUUGUGGAGAAGAUGGAUGUCAAACAAAAGUUGUUUUCGCAAUUGGAUAAGAUUGCCAAAAAAAGUGCUAUAUUUGCGAGCAAUACUUCUAGUUUGACCAUUAGCGAAAUUGCCAAGGCGACUAGCAGAGAAGAGAAUUUUGCCGGAUUGCAUUUCUUUAAUCCCGUGCCGCAAAUGAAAUUAGUUGAGGUUAUCAGGACUGACAAGACCAGUAACGACACAUACGAAAAGCUAAUGGAUGUUACAAAGAAAAUGCAAAAGACUCCUGUUACCUGUAAAGAUACUCCAGGAUUCAUCGUUAAUCGUUUGCUGGUUCCUUAUAUACUGGAAUCAAUUCGUCUCGUCGAGCGCGGGGAAGCAACACAUGAAGAUGUCGACACGGCUAUGAAGCUUGGUGCUGGGAUGCCGAUGGGACCGUUCGAAUUAGCUGACUUUGUCGGUUUAUACACGCUUAAAUUCAUUGCCGACGGAUGGCGUCAAGGUGGUAAGAUCGACGCACAUCUCGUUGCACCAAUCAAGACACUCGACGAUUUGGUUGCCCGUAACCAUCUUGGCAGAAAGACUGGAAAAGGUUUCUAUUCAUAUUCAUAG